AUGACAGGAUUUGGCUCUUCAUGUGGGGCGUGCAAGUUCCUAAGAAGAAAAUGCUCGAGCGAGUGCAUUUUCGCUCCUUAUUUCUGCUACGACGAGGCCCCGAGCCAUUUUGCCGCGGUGCACAAAGUGUUUGGAGCGAGCAAUGUCUCCAAGCUAUUGCUACACUUGCCGGUGCAUAACAGAAGUGAUGCUGCUACAACUAUUUCCUAUGAAGCACUUGCUCGGAUGAGAGAUCCUAUAUAUGGUUGUGUUGCUCACAUCUUUACUCUCCAACAACAGAUUGCAUGCUUGCAAGAGGAGAUAGAGAUUCUUGGGAACCAAAUUGCUAAUAAUCUCACAGCUGGUAUUGCAAGCUGUGGAAGUUCUGAAGCAACGAACAAUAACAACUCCUCAAAUGUUAAUGAAACUCAAAUUUUUCCGCAAAAUGAUGCGAUGAACUCGCAGUAUUAUCAGAAUCAACAGGAAAUUCUGCUCUCCCAGAUAGGGAAUUCAACUGAAAAUAACAAUAACCAAUCAGGAUUUGAUGGCCAUAAUAUGGGUGUUCACUUUCCACCUUUCUAUGGUUGGGGAGAAGAGAAUGUACCUUGUCACACUUUCUCAGAUCCUUUAAGGAAACUUUUUGAGGGAACAGAGCAAGAGAAGUUUGGAAAUAGCCCAUGGUUGGAUGACAUUCCCAAUAUGGGAAACUGUAUAGGUCCAAUAUGGGAUUGA